AAUUUCGAUAAAAUGAAUGUUCGGACGAAUCAUUUCACUCCACUUCCGGAGGGCUGCUCACCACUGAAACGGGAUAUCAAGAAUUAUGUUUCAUCUGGUUGCAUCAAUUUGGAUAAGCCAGCUAAUCCGUCCAGUCACGAAGUAGUUGCAUGGAUUAAACGAAUUUUACGCGUUCAGAAAACAGGACAUAGUGGUACAUUGGAUCCUAAGGUAUCAGGCUGUUUGAUCGUUUGUAUCGACCGAGCGACAAGACUAGCAAAAUCACAGCAAGGCGCCGGUAAAGAAUACGUUGCAAUUUUUCGAUUACACAAUGCUGUUGAAUCGGAAAAGAAAGUGCGUCAGGCACUGGAGAAAUUAACAGGCGCUCUGUUUCAACGUCCACCGCUCAUUUCGGCCGUAAAGCGACAGCUCCGAAUUCGAACAGUCUAUGAGAAUAAAUUGGUCGAAUACAAUCCCAGUCAGAAUAUGGGCAUUUUUUGGGUGAAAUGCGAGGCGGGAACAUAUGUGCGAACAAUCUGCGUACAUCUUGGCUUAUUACUUGGUGUUGGUGGUCAAAUGCAGGAAUUACGAAGAGUUCGCUCAGGUCUAGUGCCUCAUGCUUAG